AUGGGCCUGCCACGGAGAAAACUGCUGGCAACAGUAGAAGAGACGUUAACUGUGCCAGAUUCAUUAUCGGAAAGCCAAAAAAUUGUUAAAGUUAUCCGGGCCACAGGAAACAAUAUCUACUCCGUAGAGCUGCCCUCGAAGGAAGCCAUACUGGUACAGCUGCCUGCUAAAUUCCGAUCCACCAUCUGGAUCAAACGGGGCUCUUAUGUGCUCGUAGACAUGGCCGCACUGGAGGAAAGGGAGAACAAAUUGUCCGGAGAAAUCAUCAAUAUCGUCAGAGAUGAAAAGGCAUGGCGAAAAGCCCCGUACUGGCCCAAAGAAUUUGCAAAAUCUUCAACGGGAGGGGAAGAUGACGAUGAAGACUCGACUGUGGGCAAAUUACCGCCAUCUGAUGAUGAAUAUGAAUCAUGA